UAGCACUAUAAAUAGGAAGUUAAGACACAAUGCACCGAACCAGGCAAUUCAAGCUUCUUUAUAUUGAUCAAACUAAGCUGAAAUAAAGACAGGUAACCGGAGAUCAGAACAAGAUGGGUGAACAAGUGCAACCAAAAGGAAAGGUGAUAAGCAUUCUGGCCAUAGAUGGGGGCGGCGUCAGGGGAAUUAUUCCAGGCACUGUUCUUGCUUUUCUUGAAGCUCAACUCCAGAAGAUUGAAGGCAACCCAAAUGCAAGGAUAGCAGACUACUUUGAUGUCAUAGCAGGAACUAGCACUGGGGGGCUUGUGACUGCAAUGCUGACUACUCCUGGAGAUAAUGGCCUCCCUCUGUUUGCUGCUGCUGAUAUUCCCAAAUUUUAUUUGAACGAGUCCCCCAAUAUCUUCAAGAAAACAUCAUCAGAAAUAAGAACUGCAGCAGCCAGCAGUUCUUUACUCACCACAAACGUUGCGGAAUUUGGUGCUGUUGUGAAACCCCCCAACUUUGAGUUGCCUCAGUUUUCGGAAAAAGAUAUCCCUGACUUUUACAAGCAUCCCCAGCUUCCAACAGGGCUGCUUCAAGCUUCCAUUGCCAAUGCCAAUAUAAGUAAUUUGACGUCAUUUGCGCUUCCUAAUAUUUGGGAUUGGUUCAAGAAACUAGGCUCUAAUGUGUGGUAUGUCAUCGAGUUCAUUCAAAGGAUGGGUUUCCGUCCUAUGUACGAUGGUGUUUACUUGCAUGCCAUGAUCAAAGACAUGGUUAGAGAUAUCAAGCUUAACCAAACACUCACUAAUGUCGUUAUCCCGACUUAUGACGUUCAUCACUUGAAACCUGUCAUCUUCUCCUCUUUCCAGGCAAAGAAGGAGGCGUCAAAGAACCCAAAACUCGCAGAUGUUUGUAUUGCCACAUCCGCAGCACCAGUUUACUUCCCUCCUCAUAGCUUUGAGCUCCAAUCAUCUCAAGGGAUUGAGAAGUUCAACCUCGUCGAUGGCGGAGUUGCCGCUAACAAUCCUGUGCUGGUGGCUAUCUGGGAAGCAGCAAGAGCGUAUAAAGUUGCCCCGUUGCCAGAGAAUUUCAGGAUCCUUUCACUGGGGACAGGGUCAUGUACAGGCACUCAAAUGGCUGAAGUCGGCGACGCCACUAGUUGGGGCGUGGUUAGGUGGUUGUUGUUUCCGGAUAACACUCCUCGUAUCACCGAUGUUUUCAUGAGCGGCAAUGAUAAUAUGGUGGACGCUUACACCUCUCUGCUUUUCGGCGGCGACACCGCUUCCGGCGGCCCCGACAAUUUCCUUAGAAUCCAAUACCAAGGGAUGAAGUACGAUGAAUGUCUGGUCGAUGACUCUAGCAAAGCCUAUCUACAAAAGUUGGAACAGUUUGCUAAUGAUCUGCUCAAGGAUCCUGUUUCUGGUCCGACCACUUCCAACCCUCUUGAGCUCACAAAUGAAGAGGCUCUCAUUUCGUUUGCUCGUAAUUUGGUGAGAGACAAGUUCCACCCAUAAAUGUGAUGAGUGUCUGAUGAUGUACGGACAGUGUGGUACAAAUAAAGGGCCUGGUGCAGUCUCGAUUCAAAUAAUAUGCUUGCUUUUGUGUGUCAUUUUCAGUCAUAAUUUGUAACGUCGUGUAAUGGCAAAUAAAGCCAAUAUUUCGAUUUGAGGUACCUCUUUCGGGUAGGAUCGAUCAUAAAUUAAAAUAAAGCAGUCCAGCAUGUUGAGCUAGGAUGCUCAUCUAUAAUCUGCACGAUGUAUUGGAUAUAUAUGUAUAAUGUAUGUGUGUCUUCACUCUCACCUUUAAUAAAAUCUUAAUUUCAAAUACGAGAGUAUCAAAUAGGUGGGUUACUACAUCCCACAUUCUCACUUUUUGUUCGACCC